AUGGACUUGUUCGCUGCAGGCUUCAAUGCCUGGAACCAAUUAUGCUUCGUGCCGGAAUCGGGAGAUGUUGCUGAGCCUAAGGAUCUAUCGACAUUUACAAAAGUCCUUGAUGACGACUGCCUUGAACGACCUCGAGCAGGCUUAUACUACACGCUAGUCCGCGGCCGCGCCGGGUACUAUCGUGCCGGUAUCGGGAUCGAGACCGCAAGUGAUGAAGAUAUCCAGCGAAGUUACCGGGCCUGUCGCGCUGGCAACGGCCUCACUCUGAUCUUUGACGGUCCUACAUCUGCCGAAAAUACGGUCCAACCCCACGAGUUGGCCAUGUAA